GUCUCAAAUCCUAGGAGCCAGAGAGCCGUAGGGAUUGGAUAGAAAGCAUGUCAAUUUUGCUUAUAUUAUUCUCUACGUUGGCCUUAUGAGGUAGCUUGUUUGGUCUUCAAAGCUUACCAAAUCACCAACAAUGAGAUUGUUGAUGCAUGUGCCUCUGCAUCUAGAAAUUCUUGAAAUUAUCAGAUUGUUUCCAUGGAGACAUGAUGUUUGGUUUUAUUUAUUUUCUUUGGGAAUUCAUGGAAUUCAAUUUUUGUUUUUACCAUGUGCGUCUAUUUCUUCGUGAAAAUUGACGUUAGACAUAUUGUGGACAUGAUGCCUAGAGAAAAGUUUCUAGACUAAAAGUUCUUUAUUUAUUUAUUUUUUUUUUUCUGAUUUUCCCUUAGAAAUCAAUUGAGCAAGAUAAAUUCAUUAAAUGCUGGUCAAUGUAUUAGAUCUAAAAGUCAUAAGCACAUUCAUUCAAGAUCUAAAACUCCAAGCGCUUUCUUUAUGCUUAAAAUUUUACAGAAAAAAGAGAGUAUUUUGAGUUAAAUGUUUUUGUGAAAUUUAUCUUCUUAAUGAACAUGCUGGUAAACAUCUUUCAACAGUCUCUUCCCAAUUUUUUCUUUCUAGGAUCUAAUAUUUACGUGUAGACAUGCUACAUUCAUGCAUCUGUGGGCUGGCUGGUGCCCGUGACUUUGUUUUCUUGGUGCUGUGCUACCAACCAUGCGGAUGAUGAGAAGCAAUUGGAGCACUACUUAAAGAAAAUCCAAAGAGAAUUUAUACAGAGACAAGUUGUUGAUAAAAUUACCAUCAAAGUGAAGGAAUUGAAUUAAACCAACUACUUGGAGGUUCGUGUAACAUUGUGCGUUUGUUACCAGAAGUACCUUUGCAGAAGCAGCAUAGGUAACAUGAUUUUAAUCGUAUUCUCUUUUCGUUGCUUAUCAACGGAUAGAGAGCAACGCAUAGCCAGUAGAGAGCAAAUUUGCUCAUGGCUCUCUGUCCACAAUGUCCUAAUUCAUUAGGUUUUUGGAGAAAGAGAGUUUCUUCAAGCAAUAGUGAUAUGGAAUCAGGUCAACUUGAAAGGUGGUACCUAUGAAAGCUGAAAUCUUUUGGUUCCUUUCUGCCAUGAAGCUUUAAAUAGGGGAGCAUUAUGCACGGAUGUGAUCGCACCCAUUCAAUGUUCAAAGAUAUCGGAGGAAUGCUUUCAUCUUUUCUAGCCUAUGGGACACAGUUAUCACUUUGAGCUUAUUUCCUGGGAGAGGUUGUUGGAAGCAGAACUACUUGCGCAGAUGGAAGAGGUGAGACUGGUUUGAGGAAGGGCAGAUAUAGCUGGGUCUAGAGUGUCCAGAAAUCAAGAAAGUACUUUACAACUGAAUGCCAUGAGUUGCUCUCUACCACUCGCCCUGUUCUGUUGAAGCAUGGAAGAUUACAUUAUAUUUUUCUUCUAUUUCAAUGUUAUUUUGCUAUGUAAUGUUAUGGUUGUCCUCAUUUGGACGAGAUCUCUAACAAUAUAAUCCUGAACACAUGGCGCCAUGUUUUGUGGCAAAGUUAUCAAAGGAAAUAUCUUAAGUUGGAGUAGGUAGUAGGUACACCUUUCAAUUGUAAUGGUUGCUAAUAUAUUACGCAACCUCUUUUCAUUUUGAGUUUGUCAAGUUAAUGAGAGGAAAGGGAAGGAGAUUGUUCUGCUUCUCUACGCUUAAUAUCAACUUUCCAGGUAGACAAAUUCUGGUGAUAAAUUUUCAAAUAUUUU